ACAGAGGCAGCGCGGCCAUGACAGUUACAGAAGAGUUCGACCCACGGUUGAUCGCUCGGUCCGCUGCCGUCGAAUAAACCGUGUUUUCAGGGACCAACUGGUGGCCUAUUUGCCGGGGGAACAGCUGUCUUGUCUCUUUGUGUGCAGAGAGAUGAGAGACCCGAGUCUCAGCGACGUCUUUUCCAACAUGACCAUCAGAGGCGAGGUGAUCCUGAGCAGCCAGCUGGGCUCCGAGGACGAACCCUUCGCAGAGUACCUGUGGAUGGAGCACGAGGAGGAGUUCAACAGACAGGUGGAGGAGGAGCUGUGGGAGGAGGAGUUCAUCGAGCGCUGCUUCCAGGAGAUGCUGGAGGAGGAGGAGCAGUGGGAGUGGUUCAUCCCGUCCAGGGACCUGCCGGCGCUGCAGCUUCUGGACGCAGACGUGCACGCAGAUGCGGACUUCCUGCUCACGGUGAGCAGCAGUCUGAACCCCAACGCCAAGGAGUUCACCCCGGGGAGCCAGAAACACGUCAUGUGACCUGCCGGGCUCCGCCCCCCCUCUCCCCAACGCCGCACUGUGACAUCAUCAACAAGAUGUCUGCCCUGUUCUCCCGCCGCCACUCGACCCCCAGCCGGCCGUGUUGCCAAAGUCCCGCGCUCGCCAAGUUCAGAGUUACUGUCAGUUACUGAGUUACUGCACCACCUGUCUGCCUGCCUGUCUCUCUCUCCGUCUGUCUGUCUGUCUCCCUCUGUUUGUCUUUCCUCCACCUGUCUGUCUGUCUCUUUCCUCCCUCUGUCUGUCUGUCUCUAACCUGCCUGUCUGUCUCUCUCUCUGGCUGUCUGUCUGUCUGUUGCUCUGACUCUCUGUCGGUCCUCCACCCUCCCCACGUCUCUCUCUCUCUCUUUCUGUCUGCCUGUCUGUCUCUCUCUCUGGCCGUCUGUCUGUCGCUCUGUCUCUCUCUCUUGGUCCUCCCCACAUCUCUCUUUUUCUGUCUGCCUGCCU